ACUAAAAGUAAUUAAUUUACAAUAAUGAGAAACUCUAUUUUGUUUUUUGCAAUUUUAGGUUUUGCCCUUUGCGCUUAAAACCCACUUUUCUUGAAUGAAACCUACACUUCUGGUCUCGUUAAUAUUCAAAAAUCAAGUGACAUUUUUUACUGGCUCUUUGAAUCAAGAAGCAAUCCUUCCACUGAUCCCUUAGUUAUCUGGUUGACCGGAGGUCCUGGAUGCUCUUCUGAACUUGCUCUUUUCACUGAAAAUGGUCCUUUCACUGUUAAUGACAAUUUGACCUUGGAUAGCAACCCAAAUGCUUGGAAUAAUAAUGCUAACCUUGUUUUCGUUGACCAACCUGUUGGUACUGGUUUUUCAAAUGCUGGAAAGGGUGAAUUAGUUAAGAAUGAAGAAGAAGUUGGUGAAGACUUCUACUAAUUCCUCCUUGGUUUCUUAGAAUAAAAUCCUUAAUAUAUUGGCAGACCUCUCUUUGUUACUGGUGAAUCAUAUGCAGGACAUUACAUUCCCGCUAUUGGUGCUGAAUUAGUCAAGCAAAGUAAUCCCAAAAUUAACUUAUAAGGUCUUGCUAUUGGUAAUGGUUGGGUUGAUCCUGAAGUCUAAUAACCUUCUUAUGGUUAAUAUGCCUAUGAAAACAAGUUGAUCUCAGCUUUCUAGUACUUCACUGUUGUUAAACCUGCUUUGGCUGUUUGCUCUUAAUUGAUUGGUAUUGAUGCUCCUCUCUUCCUUUCUAAUCCUUUCUGUAACCUUGGUUAUUAAACUAUUGUUGGUUAUGGCCAAACUCCUAAAUUCAAUGUUUAUGAUAUCAGAAAACCAUGUAUUGGUUCUUUAUGCUACAAUAUGACUAACGUUGAUAAUUUCCUUGCCAGAAACGACGUUAAAGCUGCUUUGGGUGUCAGCGGAAGAACUUGGUAAGAAUGCUCCAACACUGUUUAUGCUGCCCUCUCUCAUGACGAAAUUGUUAAUCUUGCCUAAAAGGUUGCUUACGUUCUUGAAAGUGGUGUUAAAGUUUUAGUUUACAGCGGUGAUCAAGAUUUCUAAUGCAACUAUCUUGGUGGUAUUGCUUGGACCAAUGCUAUGGAAUGGACCCAAUAAGAAGCUUUCUAAAAUGCUGAAUUCUAAAGCUACAAUGUCAAUGGACAAAGUGCUGGUGAAAUCAAGGGUGCUGGAAACUUCUAAUUCCUUAGAGUCUAUCAAGCUGGACACAUGGUUCCUAUGGAUCAACCUAUUGUUGCCCUUCACAUGCUUAAUUCUUUCAUUUCCAGUUGA